AGUAGGCGCCGGGGUGGGCGCCGUCGGACGGCUGAGGCGGCGGAGGAGGCCCGGCCCGGACCAGGGAACUGGCUCUCCCCAGCUCACCCGCCAGGUCAGCCCAGCCCAGCCCAGCCCCACGCCCCGCAUUCGAACCCAGGACCUUCACACCCCCAGCCCGCUUCUCGACAACUUCUACCAAUGGGGUAACUCGUAGAAGAAGCAGCUGGACAAGCACCUUAAUUGACUCUUCACGUAGAAUGGAGAAGUAUGAGAAGCUGGCCAAAAUUGGAGAAGGUUCUUACGGCGCCGUGUUCAAGUGCAGAAACAAGAACUCUGGACAAGUCGUGGCUAUUAAAAAGUUCGUGGAAUCCGAAGACGAUCCUGUUGUUAAGAAGAUAGCACUAAGAGAAAUCCGCAUGCUAAAGCAAUUGAAGCACACUAACCUGGUGAACCUCAUUGAAGUAUUCAGAAGGAAACGGAAAAUGCACUUGGUUUUUGAGUACUGUGAUCAUACACUUUUAAAUGAGCUGGAAAGAAGCCCAAAAGGGGUUGCUGAACACAUGAUCAAAAGUGUUUUGUGGCAAACCCUGCAAGCCAUCGAUUUCUGUCACAAACAUAACUGCAUUCACCGGGAUGUAAAACCUGAAAACAUUCUGAUAACCAAGCAAGGAGUGAUCAAGAUCUGUGACUUUGGGUUUGCUCGAAUUCUGAGUCCGGGAGAUGCAUAUACCGACUACGUGGCCACGAGAUGGUACCGGGCCCCCGAGCUUCUGGUGGGAGACACUCAGUAUGGCUCCACCGUGGACGUGUGGGCGGUUGGCUGCGUCUUCGCUGAGCUCCUGACGGGGCAGCCGCUCUGGCCUGGGAAAUCAGACGUGGACCAGCUCUACCUGAUUAUCAGAACGCUGGGAAAACUAAUUCCGAGGCAUCAGUCCAUCUUUCGAAGUAACCAUUUCUUCCACGGUGUCAGCAUACCGGAACCAGAGGACAUGGAGACCCUCGAGGAGAAGUUCCCUAAUGCCCCUUCAGUAACCUUGGAUUUCAUGAAGGGCUGUUUGAAGAUGAAUCCUGAAGAUAGAUUAAGUUGCGCGCAGCUCCUGGAGAGCCCCUACUUUAAUUCCUUCCGAGAAGAUCAACUUAGAAGAAAAAUACGUAAUGAGGGGAAAAACAGGAGGCGACAGCAGAAUCAACUGUUGCCCCUAAUACAAGGAAGCUACACUUCUCCAACACCCUAUGGAAGAAGACAGGCCCUCCGGCUGAAAUUUGAACAUCUUCCAAACAUUUAGAAAACUUCCUUUCAAAUGAAUAGCGAUGGGUACGUUUCCUCUUUUUAACAAGUUAGUAAGCAAGGAACUCAAAGAUAUUUCAAAUGCAAGUAGCCUACAUGAAAAAUAAGCUAUCUUCUGGGCGUGCUUCGAACUUUACCAGCUAUUUACCUAGUUUAAUUUUUUAGUAGCAAAGGAGUCCGACUCCUUGCCUGUAAAGAAAGGAAAAUGACAAAACUCUCUGAGCAGACCCUGAAAAGUCUAUGGACUUCCUCAAUUUUAGGAAUUGAUGUUAACUUCUUAAGUUCUUAUUCAGAAGACUACCUUCUAGUUGAUCACAAGGCAGUUUCAGCAUAUUCUACUCCCUGAAUUAAGGAAUCAUGUCACCUUUCUCAUUCAUUUAACUUUUCCUGUCUAUCUUAGGCCUAAAGGGACAUUAAUGAUUUCUCACGGCAUAUGCCAGGUGAUGAGAGAAGAUCCUGGAGGGUGUCUAAUCCAGCCUCUUGACUGUUCAUUCAAUCAGUUGUAUUUACUGAGCGCUUACUGUGUGCAGAGUACUGGUCUAAGCACU